AUGGAGACCACUCUGCCGCCAGGGGUGGCGGCACUGCCUGCGCAUCAUGUGGCGCGCGCAGGCGCGACGAUUACCAACAGCACGGGCGAAGAUUUGUCGUUCGAAAAAUUCUACACUUCGAUCUACAUCAACAUGGCGAUCGGUGCACUCUGCAUAGUUGGCUUCUCUCUCAUCCACAGGCGCAAAAUAUUCGGCCUCUACCGAUUCUACGCCCCACGAAAGAAGGCGAUCGAUAAUCCCAUCUCGGCCACAUUCUGGAAGAGCUUGGUCCUUUGGAUCUGGCAAAGCUUGAGAUACACGGACGACCGGCUGUGGCGAACGCACGGCCCAGACGCACUGGUUUAUGUGCAGUUCAUUCGCUUGUGCCUCGGGAUGAGCAUUGCGCUGCUGUUCGUGGGCCUGAUCAUCGUGCUCCCCAUCAACUAUUCGGGCACCAACGACUACAAGGUGACCGAGAUGGGCCGCUUCACCAUCUCCAACCUCCACGACGACGAUCCCAAGAUGAUCGCUCACAUCGUGUUCACCUACCUGUAUUCCUUUGGCGGGUAUGCGAUCAUGUGGUGGAGCUACCGGCACUAUGCCGUCGUACGCCGACGGUACAUGGACCGGAGCGAGCCGCGCAGUUUCACGCUGCUGCUCAGAAACAUUCCCGACCGCCUGAUGGACAAACCCGAGCUUCAACGAUGGUUCGAGGACCACAUGCACACGAAAGUGGUGGACGUGCAGUUCGUCUACUCGGCGCAGUCGCUGGACCGCCUGAAGAAGAAGCGGAACAAGUACUUGGACAAGCUCGAGCGGGCCGAGAUCACCUACCAGCGGAGGAAGCAGAAGCAGGAAAGGCGCGAGCAGGCCAAGUCCCAGGACGUCGGCUUUUGGGACGGCUAUUGCCUCUCGUGCAACUGGUUCCGCUCCAAGAACGAGUACCAGACGCUCGACGACCUUCGGCCGGUCAAGCGGCUUGGCUUCUUCGUGUUUUCCUACUGCGGACCCAAGGUGGACGCCAUCACCUACUACAGGGAAAAGAUCAAGAAAGUCAACCGCGUCAUCAAAGCCCACCUCAGGUCAUCUGUGGUAGAAAAGAGAUUCAAGAAGGCGCACUCGGCAUUCAUCACGUUCGAUUCGAUGUAUCCCGCCCGCGCGCCGCCGCAGCCCUUCAUCGAUCCCCACCUCAUGAAAGUCGAAGCGGCGCCCGAGCCGUCGGACGUCCAUUGGGAGCAAGUGACGAUCCCCUACUUCUCGCGGAUCGUGCGUCAGCUCCUGGUCAGCGGGGCGUUGACGUUCUUGAUCGUCCUGUGGGUGUUCCCGGUCGUCGCCGUUCAGUCGCUGGCCAACCUGCAGACCCUGUCCAAGGUCGAAUACCUCACCUGGCUCCAACCGAUUAUUGAGGUGAUGAACGACAUCAGCCCUCAGAUCCUGGCGGUGGUGGAGGGCUUCCUGCCCUCCCUGGUGCUGCUGAUCUUCAUCUCCAUCACCAAGCCCAUAAUCGAGCUCCUCUACUCGCACCAGGGCGAGUCGAGCUAUUCGAGGAUCGAGUGGAUGACCAUGGCCACCUACUGGGGCUUCCUCAUCUUCAACGUCUUCCUCGUCUCCACCAUCGGUGGCGCCAUAUUGAAGGUCUUGGAUGAUUUCGUUGACAAUCCGCGCUCGAUCAUCAACCUGCUGGCGUCGUCGCUGCCGCAGCAGAGCGGCUUCUUCAUCAACUACCUCUUGAUCGCCGGUACGAAGGACCCCAACACUACACGCGGCCAGGAGGAGCUCAUAGUUAGUCAUCACUUCGUGCACUUCUUCCCAGGCUUUGGUCGUCUCCCGCUGAAGCUCUUCCGGUUGCCCGCACUCGUCCAGCGUAUCUUCACCAUCAUCCUCUGCAAACCCGUCACCGAACGCGAGAAGAAGAAGCAAUACCGCCCAGAGUCAUUCGACUACUCGCUCGAGGUGGCUGAGGAGCUGUUGGUCUUCACGCUGACGCUGUGCUACAGCUUGAUGGCGCCGCUGAUCACCAUCUUUGGCUUCGCCUACUUCUGUCUGGUGUUCCUCAUCAACCGAUACAACCUCAUCUACGUCAACGAGCAGCGGUGGCAGGGCGGCGGCACCAUGUGGUCCAUCGUCUACCAUCUCUUCAUGGCGGCUAUUCUCCUUUUCCAGCUCAUCAUGCUCGGCAUUCUCGGUCUGUCGCAGUACGGAGGCGGCCUCACGCUCGUGGUCUUGCCCUUCAUCACGGCCGUCCUGUGGUUUUGGAUCCACAAGCACUGGGGCCACACCACCACCUGGGGGACCGCUGGAAGGCACGGACGUGAUCAAGCCGCAGUCGUGGGACGACCUCCGUUGCAGCGCGACGAGGAGGACGCGGUGGACAACGGGUGGUACGACGAGGACAACGAGGAAAAGUCCGCGCAGGAGCGCCAGAUCGAUGAGUCUAGUCUGGGCGGUGCCGAGCUCUGGAGCUGGAAGACUGCCAAGCUGCAGGACGCAGUCCGGCGGAGCAAGAACAGGCUGCUGGGUAAGAAGCAGCCCACGUUCAUUUCGCCGCUGCUCGACCCGCUGCUCGGCGACGCCCUCCUGCUAGACCUCACCUCCGACGGCGAAAGCGAUGACGAGGCCGGGGCCGGGUCAGCCGACAGCCGACGAGGGACCUACCAACAGCCGCAGCUCGGCGGCGGCCGUGCCAGCGGCGGCAGCAGCGGGGCCAGCAGUGGGGCGGAAGACAACGGCAGCGGCAGGCGCAGGCGGCGGACGGGCUCGAGUGGCGGUAAGACGGAGGAGAGGAGGAGCACCAACAGCAGCAGGAAGGGCAAGGAGAAGCACCACAGCGCCCGCCGGUCGGUGGAGGACGUGGAGCGGGAGGAGGACGGAAGCGAACGCUACAGCGUGGGCGGCGACGUGGAGCAGGGUGAGGCCGGGUGGAAGCGCGUGAGCGCACGCCACGGCGACGAAGACUACACGACGACCACGACGACGGCAGCGACGCCGCCGAUGGCGAGCCCACGACGGCGGCCCGUCGUGGAUGAGGCAAACAACGCGGAUCCGUCCAGCUCGACGGAGAGCAGCUUCAGCCCCAGCGCCAGCGUCGGCGAUGAACGACUCGCCAUCCUGCGAUCCACCGACGCGUGA